CCUUUAUUUUAACAGAAAAAACUGACCCAUUUUCAUAAACUAGCUUUGUUUCACAAAUUAUUUUCACCGCCGGCAACCACCGUAUUCGCCGGAAAGUUUCAAUUUUUCCGGUGGGUUAAGUUCUUUGAAGGUUCUUGACAAGUGGGUUGUUGAUAUUUUCUUGAAACAGCAACUUUAAAACACAAUAUUCUAACAUGUCUCUGUUGCGUCUUUCUUGAAAUUAACCUUUCAUUUCAAGAAACCCAAUUGGUUUAAUUAAAUUAAUCCAAAGUAAAAGUCAAUCUUUUUUAUAUUUUUGGUUCUGGGUUUGUUUUAAAGUAAUAAAAUCUGAAACCUUUGAAGGGUUCUUGAAAUCUUGAAAAAAAAAAACUUUUAUUUCAAGAAACCCAAUUGGUUAAACUAAUUCAAAGAAAAAGUCAAUCUUUUUAUGUUUUUGUUUCUGGGUUUGUGUUAAAAAUGAUAAAAAGGUGAAAUCUUUGAAGGGUUUGUUGAAAUCUUGGAAAAAAGAUAUAGAUACAGAAAGUUGUAUGUAUAUAUAGGUGGUGGUGGAAGAUGGUGAUAAAGGUGGCAUCACAGAAAAGCUCUUUAAAGACUGUGUUUGAAAGGGUGGGAGUGUAUGGUUUUGGUGGUGGUGGUAGUAGCAACAGGCAAAAGAGAAUAAGGUAUGAGAUUCAUGAUGAAGAUGACACUAUGGAAAUGGUCCAGCUUGGUGCUGAUAGAACCAAGAAUGUGCUUAUUUUGAUGAGUGAUACGGGUGGCGGUCACCGCGCGUCGGCCGAGGCGAUCCGGGAUGCGUUUAAGAUGGAAUAUGGUGAUCAAUACAGGAUAUUCGUUAAGGAUGUUUGGAAGGAAUACACGGGUUGGCCAUUGAACGAUAUGGAAAAUCAAUACAAGUUCAUGGUUAAACACGUGCAGCUUUGGAGUAUGGCGUUUCAUGGCACUUCUCCGAGAUGGAUACAUGGUGUUUAUCUAGCUGCGAUUGCCGCCUUCUAUGCCAAGGAAGUUGAGGCGGGUUUAAUGGAGUACAAACCGGACAUUAUCAUCAGUGUUCAUCCGCUUAUGCAACACAUUCCAUUGUUAGUACUUAAAUGGCAAGGACUACAAAAGAAAGUCAUCUUUGUGACCGUUAUUACCGACCUUAAUACAUGCCAUCGGACAUGGUUUCACCCAGGUGUGAAAAGAUGUUAUUGUCCUUCAGAAGAGGUAUCGAAGAGGGCUUUACUAGACGGCCUUGAACAAAACCAAGUGCGAGUUUUUGGACUGCCUGUUCGGCCCUCUUUCGCCCGUGCUGUCCUCAACAAGGAUGACUUACGAGUAGAGCUAGAUCUGGAUCCCGUACUGCCUGCGGUCUUGUUAAUGGGAGGUGGUGAAGGAAUGGGCCCGGUGAAGAAAACUGCAAAGGCUCUUGCGGAAUCUUUACUCGAUAAAGAAACCGGGAAACCGUUUGGACAAAUGGUAGUAAUAUGCGGUCGAAACAAAGCUUUAGCUUCUUCCCUCGAGUCUUUAGAGUGGAAGAUUCCUGUUAAGGUUAGAGGAUUUGAGACACAGAUGCAGAAAUGGAUGGGUGCUUGUGACUGCAUUAUAACCAAGGCGGGGCCUGGAACGAUUGCUGAGGCGUUGAUUAGGGGGCUUCCGAUCAUCCUCAACGACUAUAUUCCAGGACAAGAAAAAGGAAACGUCCCAUACGUGGUGGGCAAUGGGGCGGGUGUGUUCACCCGAAGCCCAAAAGAAACAGCCCAGAUAGUGGCUGGAUGGUUCAGCACCAACUCAGACGAGCUCAAGAAAAUGUCUGAAAACAGCCUAAAGUUGGCUCAACCAGAGGCCGUGUUUGACAUCGUGAGAGACAUUCAUGACUUGGCGGGUCAACGUGGGCCCCUCGCUGACGUACCGUAUGUUUUAACAUCAUCGUUUACAAACUUAAUUUAGUAAGAUGUAUAUGUAAUUUGUAGAAUAUGCUUUGAUUACCUACCAUUUUUUGAGCUUGGGAAAAGCUUUUGUGUGGCAAAUUGGAAGUCAUGUGGUUAUGUAUUAAUUUAAUUAGGGUGUUUUAGAACUUUAAGAAGUUGGUGUGCCACUUUUUAGUUUAAUUGUGACCGUAAAAAAUGUAAAAAGAAUCUUGUUUAAUCGAUGAUCAUGGUUUGGUUUAUCUGGAAAA